GGGUGAUUUGGUUAGCAUCAUUUUUAUGCAUGCUGCACAAUAGUUGAUGAUGGAGAUGAUGGAGACAGAUCAGGUUCAGUGUCUGUAUAAGAGCAGCAGCCUUUCAACACAAGCAGGCUUGAUCAGAUCCUCCAGAGAUCCUGAUACACUACCAGCUAUAAUGUCUCCUCUGUAUGUGGUUGGCAUGCUGGGACUUUUGAUGAAGAUAGCAGCACCUAUGUGUGCCCCCACUGAAUAUACCAUUUACAUCGAGAGACAGGAGUGCAAUUACUGUGUGGCUGUCAACACUACCAUCUGCAUGGGCUUCUGUUUCUCCAGGGACAGUAAUGUGAAGGAGUUGGUGGGUCCUCGUUUCCUGGUUCAGAGGGGCUGCACCUAUCAAGAAGUAGAGUAUCGGACAGCCAUCUUGCCUGGCUGUCCUUCAUAUGCUGACCCUCACUUCACCUAUCCAGUUGCACUUAGUUGCCACUGCAGCACCUGUAACACCCACAGUGAUGAAUGUGCCCAUAAAACCAGCAAUGCUGCGAGGAAAUGCUCCAAACCUGUCCGUCAUCUGUACCCUGACCACGAGGAGAACAGCUACAUCCAGCCAUAUUGGGAACAGUAUGAAUAAUGUUUGAUUAUUCCUUGACUAAAACACUUAAAACAAAGUGUUUAAGUUGUAGCAGUUGACUGGGGACUGUUUUUUUGUCAUUGAGUAAACCUUCACAAAGUUACCUAA